AUGGCUACAUACAGCCGUGUCCUUCGGCAGGUAGAGUUGUGGGAGAACGAGCAAGCCCUGCAGGAGGCCCGCCAGCGAGACGCUGCCGCCGGUGAUGCAGGACCUGACAGCAAGAAGCCUCGCCUGACACUGCCGCCGGACUUUCAUAUUGGCUUCACGUCGGGCUCCGUUCACGGGGUGGUGGGUCGUAUGGCUGAGAGCCAGAACCCAUCCCGCGCGGCCGCCUUUCUCUCCGAGGGCGGCAUCUUCAAGCAGUGGCUCACCGACCAGGCAUCUGGCCAGCAGGGCCUCAUUACCCAGCUCACUGACCGCAUCGUCUGGGACAAAGCUACCGAUCGAACCACCGUGCUCGUCGUAAGCCCCAAAUCUCUAAACACUGUGGAGCCUUAA